AGGACUCAGCGCUCGACGCCCACCCGCCACCAUGGGAAAUGAAGCAAGCUACCCGCUGGAAAUGUGCUCGCACUUUGAUGCAGAUGAGAUUAAACGGUUGGGAAAGAGGUUUAAAAAGCUUGAUUUAGACAAUUCCGGUUCUUUGAGUGUGGAAGAGUUCAUGUCUUUGCCUGAACUUCAACAGAAUCCACUGGUACAACGAGUAAUAGACAUAUUUGAUACAGAUGGGAACGGAGAAGUGGACUUUAAAGAAUUUAUAGAAGGAGUCUCCCAAUUCAGUGUCAAAGGUGACAAGGAACAGAAGUUGAGGUUUGCUUUCCGCAUCUACGACAUGGACAAAGACGGCUAUAUUUCCAAUGGGGAGCUGUUCCAGGUUUUGAAGAUGAUGGUGGGGAACAAUCUGAAAGAUACUCAGUUGCAGCAGAUUGUAGACAAAACCAUAAUAAAUGCAGAUAAAGACGGUGACGGAAGAAUAUCCUUUGAGGAAUUCUGUGCUGUUGUAGGAGGCUUAGAUAUCCACAAAAAAAUGGUGGUCGACGUGUGACUCUUUAGGACACCACCCAACACUUUUGCUUUCUUCUCCAUCUCUGAAGAUCUGCUCAAGACGUCCAGCAACGCUCUCUGUGUAUUUAAAUGGAAGUAUUUUUUUCUCUGUGAAGCCACAUUUUCCAACAUGAGCCUCAUGAAGCCAACUUAAGUGUUAUUGAACUUUUAUUCUCUCAAUAACUCAGUGUAGCACUUUAAAGUCUGAAGGACAGGAAGGUGGAAAGAGCAUAUCAGUGUGGUGGAGAAAGGGAAGGGGGGUUGGCUUUUUAAUUUAUUUUUUUCUCAUCUUUUAUAACAAGGAAAUAUCUAUCUAUAUAUAUGUGUGUGUAUUUAUAUAUAGAUAUAUAUGUAGCUUUCUAUAUGUAGUAGCUAGGUGGGCUUUAAUUUAAUAUACUUGAUUCAGAAACAAAACUAGAGUACAAAGUGCCAAGCAGAACAUUAACCGUUCAAUAUAUGGAUAUACAUCUUUACUUUUAUGUCACACAGUUUUAUAUAUAAAUAGUAGAAGAAUGUAAAGUUUUAAAUGGUUGUUUUAGGUCAACUCUUUCCUUUCUCCUGUGACUUAUUUUCAGAUAUCUAUAUAUUGACUGGCUGAGAAAGCAUUGCUUCCUGUUAAUUUACCUUAAUUUUUUUGUAAGACAGGAAUCGUAACGUUUGUUUAUAUACCUGUUGAUAUAUUACCAGGGACUGCAACUUUGCUUGAUAGCUUUCAGUGUAAUUCUACUUUAAUAGUAUGAGAAUAUGUAAUUUAAUGUUAAUGCCAAGAACUAGUCCUUGUGUGCAAAUAGGAUUUACGGAAUGCCGACGGCCAUUUCAUCCUGUCUCUUAGUAA